GAGUGCUCCGCGCUCCACUCCGCUCCGCUAUUCGCGUGUGGUGCUGCCGCUUAUGAAACGCUGCCGUGCGCCUCAGGGUGUGACAUGAAGUUUUUUCCAAAAGUGACAACAUCGGUGUGUAGGCGAUACUGCUGUGUCCCUCAGUGCACGAACUCAGCCGACAAAUGCAGAGAACUGUCGUUUCACCAGUUCCCCGCGCCAGGACAACGCAUCUGCCAUAACGGUGCUCAAAUUGACAGACACCGGGAAUGGAUUCGGGUACUGCGGAUUGGGAAGCCAGUGACUGGUUCAAUGACAGUGUGUUCUGCACAUUUCAAGCCGCAAGACUACUUUUUUCCUCAUCUGCCUGCUACGCGCCGGAAGCUAAAAAAGACAGCUGUGCCAUCCGAAGAGCACUGCCUGUCUCCUCUUCUUACGACUUUGAAAGUGGCACGAGAAGAAAACAGAUAAAGAAGCAGAGGGCAGAGCGUAUCGUCGCCAGGACAAAUGCGAAGGAAAAGUGCACACAAAAGAAUAUGUGCCAACCACAAGAAUGUGUUACUGAGGCAGUGGGACAGGAGGAAGUGGAGCCACAUUCUGAUCAAGAAGCAGCAGCUGUCAUGGAAGAACUCAACUCAUAUUCUGCGACCAGACUUGUCCACAACAAAUGUAUCCAGGUGACGUCAGGAGACUUUGGUUUUCGGUUCUCCGACCUGGUGAAGCCACACAACAUACGUGCGCUCUUAGGAAUGCCAACCAUGAAACUGCUGGAUACUCUUGCUGCAGCGUUAGAAAAAAAGAGCACAGCAAGGGCUAUGUUUUCUUCAAGGGAUCGAAUAGUUAUAACUAUGCUAGUCAUGAAACAUAGCUUAUCUUUCAGUUUCUUGUCACGCAUUUUUGGGUGUUCACCAACAACAUGUGGAGCUUGUGUGAAAUCAACAAUUCAAGCCUUGGCACUCCUUCUCAAAUGUGCGAUACCGUGGCCUACGCAAGAGGAGAUACAAAACAAUCUACCGAUCUGUUUCGAGCAAUUCCCCAGUGUGAGAGUGGUGCUGGACUGUACUGAGGUAGCAGUGGCCUUGCCAAAGUGUCUGAAGUGUGCACUGAACAUGUACUCAUUUUAUAAAUCAACGCAAACAGUGAAGUAUAUGAUAGGUGUUUCCCCUGCUGGCUUGAUAACGUAUAUAAGUAAGGGUUAUGGAGGCCGUGCAUCAGAUAAGGCCAUCUUCGAGCAAAGUGGUUUAGUUCACUCUCUAACUCCCGGUAUUGACCAGAUCAUGGUUGAUAAAGGAUUCCUGAUUGAAGACAUCUGCACGAACCAUUCUAUAAAACUGGUACGGCCACCAUUUCUGCGGCAAAAGCAGCAGUUCUCAAAAGAGGAAGCUCUGCAAACAAAAAAGAUUGCUGCUGCCCGUGUGCAUGUAAGAACGUGCCAUCCAACGUAUCAAGUUGUUCAAAAUUUUAAGCUCCAAACUGCCAUGGCACAUGGUUCCCUAUGUUGAUGACAUUGUUACCAUCGCUGCUGGGUUGACCAAUGCAUCA